AUGGCCGAAGCAGUAAAUGGAGCGUCCGUUGUCUGCUGUUUUAUGACACCAGAAUAUGAAAAUUCCCCAAAUUGUGAACUUGAAUUGCAACAUGCGCAAAAACUUCGUAAACGCAUUAUUCCAUGUAUGGUGAGUAACAGAAAAAUAUGGAAACCAUCACCGUCAAAAUGGUUAGACUUGAUUACUGGCUCUAUAAUAGCCUUAGACUUCUCUAAUACCUCUGAAGCAAACAUACUUGCGAAAGCAAGAGAACUUAUUGACAGAAUAAAAAAUCAACCUUCGACUCCUGCUACAGAAUCGCCGCCGCAACCAGUAAAGUUGUUUGAAGAGAUUAGACAAAAAUAUCUACGAGAAAAUAGAAUCAAACGUAUGGUGAACGAGGAAAAAACUUUCCCAAUUGAACAGAGUUACAUUAAUUUGGCUAUAGUAGAUGCCAAGGAUCAGCAAGAAAAAGAGAAGAAGCUGAAGGAGCAAGAUCAAAAGAUGAAAGAACGAGAACAACAAAAGGACUUUAAUCUCGAGAAGCAACAUGGUGAAAUUAUCGGAACUUACGAAGAAAUCUAUGGCCAUAAGACUUCAAUUGAUGUCAAGAAUAUUUUUCAACAAUGCAAAGAUCAAAUAAAAAAGGUCCUCAUACUUGGACGAGCUGGUAUUGGAAAGUCAACAUUUUGUCAAUAUGUUACCUACCGAUGGGCAAAAGGUGAAGUUUGGUCCGAAUAUGAACUGCUCAUUUUGAUCCGUUUAAGAAAGUUGACAAGUAGUCGUUAUCCGCCAGGCAAAAAGUACUCACCGAUUAAUCUUCUGGAGAAAGAAUAUUUUCCAUGUGAAGAUUUAUCUGCAGAACAGAUACAACAUUUUAAGGAACUGUGUAAAAACCACCAAGUUCUAUGGAUAUUAGAUGGUUACGAUGAAUUUGCCCAAAAUAUUCCAGAACAACUAGAAGAUGUGUUCAAACAUGUACGUGAAGCACAACAUAAUAUCCUAACGUCUCGUCCUUAUGCUAUUAAAUCAUCAUAUGGCGUGAAAUUGGAAAUAACAGGAUUUACAAACGAUAAUAUUGUCAAAUAUGUUGAGCAAUUCUUCGAUCAAAUUACAAAGGAAAUUAAUAAUGAUUCGUCCGAGACCCAAAAGCUUCUGCGAUUGUUAAAAAGCAAUU